CAUAGCACACGUUCUAUAUCAUUCACUAAAGCGAUAAACCCUAGCCGCGAGGCUAAAUCAAAGGGCGUUUUUAGAUUCCUUUUGUUGAAAUGGAAGAAUCUUCGAACCCUAAUGUACCGACUAUACCCGAAAUUAAAUUGAAACCGAAUCAGAAAAGAAAGAUUCCUUCACCAAAACAGUUGAUAUCACAUUAUGAAUCACAAGGGAUGGAUUCACAAGAAGCUUCAUUGAAAGUGAUAGAGGAUUUACAGAAGGCGUUGUUUGGAAUAAUUUCAUCUAGUAAAGGUAAAAAAGAUAGGAUUAUGAAUGAAUCUUCAAGAAAAAUGGAUUCAGUGAACAAUAGACUCACUAUACUUGACAUGAAGCUUGAUACUAAGCCCGGUUAUGUUGAGACGUUCGCAAUUGGACUUGCAUCUGGUGUUGCUCUUAAAGGAAUUGGAGCUGUAAUUCCCCACAUUUUUUCUCCAAUUGUUCAAAUUUGGAAUUCUGUUACCACGGCUACUAAAUCUACCCCACAAUGAUGUUUUUAAUUUGUUAUUAGGUGUAUUUGUAAUGGAUAAUGUCCAUAAGAAAAUGUAAAUUUAUGUUCAGAAAUUGUAUUUUACGAUUAAGAGUGUAAAGACAAGACAUUAGUGGAUUAAUUGUAUUUGGCAGUUGUGACUAUAUUCUAAAUACUAUAAUUUUUUAA